AUGGCCACUCUGCUUUUUUUCUGGUAUGAUAACUGGCUGCAGAUGGGGAGGCUCUUGGAUAUAGCGGGUGAUGUGGGCACAUACUACCUUGGAGUAUCGAGAACCGCUCGAGUUAGUGAAGCAGUUCUUCAUCAGAGAUGGAACAUCACGGGGCAUAGGAGCAGGCAUUUUCAUGAUCUUCAUGAUCGUAUCCAGGCAGAAAGGGUCCCUAUGGACGAGCAUGGAAGUGAUGUGGUGCUCUGGAAGCAUGCAGAUGAUACUUAUAAAUCUCACUUCUCAUCGAGCAAAAGAGGGGAUCAAAUUCGAGUAAAAAGAGAAAAGGUGGUUUUGAGCAAGAGUGUAUGGUUUCCACAGGGACUCCCUAGGUAUUCUUUCAUUGUAUGGCUGGCGAUAAAGGAUCGUUUAUCAACGGGAGUUCGUAUGAGGGCUUGGGGUAUUCAACAAGGAUGCAUGCUAUGUGGAGAAAGAGAUGAGUCGAGGGAUCAUAUCUUUUUUGCUUGUCCUUUGACCUAUACUGUAUGA